AAAGGUAAUUGAAACCAACCCUAAGCUCCUUGUUUUUCCGCUUCAAAGGUAACCCCGAUUAUUGUUGACUUAAGCAUCGGAGUGUCUACCCCGAGGAUCCACCUCGGGGCUUUGCAGGUCAAUCUAGAGUGCAGAUACGGACUGAAGAAGGACUUCCGGUUUGGUGCAGUUACAUUUUUGGCGCCGUCUGUGGGAAACUAAACUAAAGGCUCUUUUGUUGCUCUUAUCAUGGUGAAAACUAGGUCAGCCCGAGGUGGAAACUCGUCUCAGCCUCUUGGACGAGGUCAGGUUCCCAGCAACCUUCCGCCUCAUCCCCCACCCCCAAUCCCAAAUACGGUCCCUCCUGUGGACCAUGCAGAAGGAGAAGACGAAAAUCAACCACACAAUUCGGUUAGCAACUCAGCCUCUACUGCUAACCAAGACGUAGUCGCAACUCAGCUCGCUGCCAUGCAGCAGCAGUUUGCCCCACCACAAGAUCCUGACCCAGUUCAACAUGCUCCCCCUGUUAGUGAAUCUCAGGGCCAAUCUCACAUCGCACCAGUUAUGCAACCCCCUCGUGAUGAUGUCACUCGACGUUUAGAUAGCUUAGAAAAGCUAGUGGUCGAACAGCGAGGCAUCCUACCUCCACACCCUGCUGCUGACUCCAUACCUCACCCUCUCAACACCAAUAUUAUACUGGAACCCUACCCCGCUGGCUUCCGAAUACCACAUCUUGAAACUUAUGAUGGGACGAAGGACCCCGAUGAUCAUCUACAUGCUUUUUACUCUUGCAUGCAGGCCCAGAAUGCCUCUGACGCAUUGAUGUGCAAAAUCUUUCCCUCUACUCUCCGAGGUAAUGCUCGAACCUGGUACUACAGUCUGCCUCCGAGAUCAAUCAACUCAUACACAGAACUGGCAUCUGCUUUUGCCACAAAGUUUUCCAGUAAAAGGCUGAUCAGGAAAACCACUUCUGAGCUGAUGCGGGUUAGGCAGAGGGACGGAGAGUCUUUGAAGAAUUUUAUGAGCAGAUUCAAUGAUGCAGUGCUAGAGGUUAACUCUUUCGACCAAGCAGUGGGCAUUACAGCUGUGAUCUCGGGUCUCGGCCAUGAAAGAUUCAGAGACAGUCUGCUUAAACAUCCUGCCACCACCUUCAGUGAGGUAAACAAUAGAUCGUUGAAAUUCAUAACGGCUGAGGAAUACGCCCUGUCGCAACACCUAACUCCUAUUAAGAGCCAACACCCGGACUGGAGAGAUGAGAAUCCGAACAGGAAACGGAUGAAGACAACACAGAACAGAGGUCCGAUGUCGACUUCCACCCCGAGAUUCGGAAGGCCGAACUCAGCACCUCCGCAACAACCUACAGGUAAACCUCCAGUUAAUUGGACUCCUUUUAAUUUGCCGAGGUCACAAAUUUUUAUGCAGAUUAAGAAUAAAAUGGACUUACGACGUCCGGGUCCAAUGAAAACUGCUGCUGCUACCAGAGACCAUACUAGAUACUGUGAUUUUCACCAAGAUCACGGUCAUACAACAGAGCAAUGUAAUAGUCUGAGGUUCGAACUGGAAAGUCUGGCACAGAAAGGAAUGUUGAAUGAGUAUAUCCAGAGAGUGGAACAGCCAAGGUUUGUCAGAGAACAAGGGCCACAGCAUCAAGCAAUCCGCAAUCCCCCAAAUAGACAAGGUGUGGGAUAUCAGCAAGCCCCACCCCCACUCCCACCACCAGCUAGAGUCAUACACAUGAUUACGGAAGGUCUGGAAGCUGGUGGACUGAGCUCUAAGCAGCGGAAGCUGUAUGUCAGAGAGGUUAGGCAUCAGAACCGAGCUCAGAAACGAAAAUUUGACGAUGCUGAGUGGAAGAAUCAACCCAUCACUUUCAUGUCUGCUGAUCUUGAAACAAUUGUCACACCUCACAAUAAUCCUCUAGUCACUUCUGUCACAAUCAACAAUUGUGAGGUGCAGCGUGUCCUUGUUGACACCGGGAGUGCACCAGACAUCAUGUACUUCCAUUGUUUUGAGAGUCUUGGGAUAGAUCCAGCUCUGUUGCAGCGGUAUGAUGGUCUCAUCUAUGGGUUCAACAACCAACCAGUUCUAGUUGAAGGAGUCCUCACCAUGAAUGUUGCCUUUGGAAGUGGCCGCAGUUAUGUGACCCAUUCAGUAAGGUUUUUAGUGGUCAAGAUGGCGUCCUCUUUCAACGCUGUCAUUGGCCGACCUACACUGACUGAGAUCCGAGCCGUGGUUUCCCAGUCUCAUCUAUGCAUGAAGUUCCCAACUCCUACGGGAAUAGCAACACUGCGAGGCAACCAGGAGGUAGCCCGACAUUGUUAUAUCACCUCGGUGACACAACCUUAGAAGAGCAAGGCUCAGACACCCGAGAUU